AUGAACGAGGAAAAGGUUCAUUUCGAACGGGGCAACGUUUAUAUCCAUGAACGUCCUGCUAUUGAUCCCAAAGGCACAGCACUUGACGAAAUUGGUGGUACCAUAUAUUUAGUGGAAAAUGAAAGAGGAAAAUUUCUUCGUUUCACCCCGCUAGGACUUGAAAACAUUAACCAUGCUGUAACAGACGAAUGGGCAAUGGUAAAUGGACACUCUGUUGUAUCUUACAACAAAAGUGGGAAUCCUGAUGCCGAAUCAUUGUCAUUCAAUAAUAGCCCAUUGUUAAAAUAUCGUUUACAAUUUAAUUUACAAGAUUUGAGGAGCAUUAGACGUCAUCACAUGUUACAUGGAAUUGCUCAUAUGAUAUUUAUCUUGAAAGAUGGUACCACAUUACCUGCUUUUUACUUUCAUCUUGGCGGUUCUAAAAAUUUACUUCAACAAAUUGCACAAUAUCUUCGAUUAGACAAGUCAGCUCAAGAUGGUCGUCUCUAUAUUGUUAAAGAUGAUAUCUUACCACAACGGAAAGAAAAUGCACAAAAUAUCAGUACUUUUGAUCAAUUACAUCUAUUUGAUAAUUCAAAUGAUAAUCUGAGAAGAUUUAAAUUAGGUCAUGAUUCAAAGCGGUCAGCUAUGGAGCGUUUUUCAAAAGUAACUCAUUUUUUACGUGAUGCAUUCUUGGGACCGAAUGAAUUUAUAUCAACUGGAGAAAGUGCAGAAGGUGGUAUUGCACCAGAUUUAAAUUCGUUACUUGAAUCAUUCAAUGGACAUUGUGACUUGCGUGAAUCAAAUAACGAUGGUUUCGAAGUUAUUUACAAGGUAGAUUUCAAAAAAUUGCCCGAUAUCACUCGUUGUGCCCCGAUUACAAUUAAAGAAUGGCAGGCAUUAUUCAAUAAAGAUGGGAAAAUUAUUGAGCCCGAAGUAGUCAAAAUACGAAUAUUUCGUGGCGGACUUGAAAAUUCGUUGAGAAAAGAAGGUUGGAAAUUUUUGUUACAUUAUUAUCCAUGGGAUUCGAAUGAAAAAUCUCGUAUUGAGAUAACAAAACAAAAGCAAAAUGAAUAUUUUUCAAUGAAAUUACAGUGGAAAUCUAUGAAUGAACAACAAAAACAACGAAAUAAUUUAUUUCGUGACCGUGAAAGUUUGAUAGAAAAGGAUGUGAUGCGUACAGAUCGUACACUGGAAUAUUAUCAAGGCGAAACAAAUGUACAUUUGGAAGUUUUACACGAUAUUUUAAUGACUUAUAAUAUGUAUAACUUUGAUUUGGGAUAUGUUCAAGGUAUGAAUGAUUUACUUUCACCAAUAUUAAUUGUGAUGGAUAACGAAGUUGAUGCAUUUUGGUGUUUCGUCGGUUUAAUGGAUCGAAUGGGUGAUAAUUUUCACAUGGAUCAAAGUCAUAUUAAACGACAGUUAUCAAAUCUUCAUACAUUAUUACAAUUUAUUGAUGCUGAAUUAGCCAACUAUUUAGCUGACAAUAAUUCCAGCAAUAUGUACUUUUUUUUUCGUUGGAUGUUAAUUUGUUUUAAACGAGAAUUUUCAUUUCAAGAUGUAAUGUUAUUAUGGGAGGUUUUAUGGACAAAUUAUCCGUGCAAAAAUUUUGAAUUACUUGUUUGUCUUGCCAUUCUAAUAUCUCAAAAAACUGUUAUAAUGGAAUCAAAAUUUGGUUGUAAUGAAAUAUUAAAACAUAUCAACGAUUUAUCAUUUAAAGUACAAUUAGAACCAUUAUUGAGACAAGCUGAAGGUUUAUAUAUACUAUUGAAAAAACAUGAAGAAUCAACUCCCGGUCUACCGCCAGUCAUUUCCUCGAUUAUGUUUCCAAAUGUGAAAAAGAAAAAAAUACGAAAUCCUAACUAUAAUGAUGACGAUGAAUCAGAUGCUACCUCCACAAUCUCUUCGACAUCUUCCAGAACUCAUUCACCAUCAUAUGGAACAACUCGUACACGACACCAUGUAGAAUCACAUACAAUUAAUGAAAAUGACAGUGCUGUUGUUACUCAUAGAAAAGAUAAGCAGAAAAAUGAAAAGAAUCAAGAAGGAGAAGAAGAAGAAGAAGAGAAUGACGACGAAUAUAAACCAAAUGAUGUAGAAUCAAAUGAUAGCUUUGAUAAUGAAUCUGAGAAUGAAGAGUUUGAUUUGGAACAAGGAGAAAAAACUGAUCAGAACUUCACGUCUAAACGAAGUACACGUCAAAAUAUUAUGAAUAACAAUAAUAAACAAUCUGAAAGCGAAAAAAUUUCAACCAUUUACGAUAAAUCAAAAGCUGACUUAUUAUGGGAAAAUUUUAAGCCAUCAUCCACAUUACCGUCAAUAACCUGUAUAUCAUCAAAAACGACAACCACAAUAUCACAAACUGUUUCUGACACUAUAAUUCCAGAAAAAGCGACAAAAAUCUACGAAUUUGCUGGUGAGACCAUUAUUAUACCCUCCAUUCCAACAUCUUCAUCCUCGUCCACCACUUCUUUUGUUCCAACUACUAUUACUAGUACUUCUUCCAAACCAAUAACAACAACAACACUGGAACGUUCGUGUGGUGGUAGUAUUGGUGCAAAUGCUUUACUCGAUCAGUUGGGUAUAAAUAAAAAACAAAAAUUAUCAACAUUGGAAAAAACGCGUCUCGAUUGGAAUCAACAUAAAUCAAAUGAAUCAUUGACAGAUGAAUUAAAUAUACAUCGACGUGGAAAAGAUUCAUAUGUGGAAAAAGUGGCAUUUUUACAACGUGCUGAUACACUCGAAUAUGAACAUCAACGGUCAAAUUUUAAAAAAAAAUGA